UCCAGUCUCGAGUCUCGCGUCGUUCGUUACGGACCCUAACAACCACCAAAAACGGCAGGUGGUCAGCAUCAUGUGUUAUUGUGGAUGAAAAAAAAAACACGUUACAAUUUUUUUUCGCGAAAAUUGGCAAAACUAAAAAAUAAUCAAGACUUAAGCAGGACCUAAAUUUGGAGACGGGAAAUUUCGAACAAUUUUUUUUCUUUUUUGGGGAGGGAAGGGACCACACGUAUUACACAAUGCGCAAUGAUGACGUCACUGCACCAGUUGGUCGAAUUGCGGAGAGAAUCAAGUAGAACCAGUGAACAGUAGAUUUCUACAAUGUUCCGGGGGGUAAAAUAAGAAAAAUACAAUGUGGACGUGUCGAAAUCACCUGCGUGCGAAGAAAAAGCGGAAGAUCGGUAAUGGUGAACAACAGUGUGAGAAUGUGAAUGAAUUUUCGUGAUUUUUUUUUCAUUAUUAUUCUCGAGGAGAACCUUUUUGUUGAUCUAAUCGUUUGAACCGGACGCCAUUUUGUUCCCUUGGAUUGUAUUGUAGUGGUUCUUGCCGAUUUAUGUGGGCAGAGGGGUCACAAGUGGGCCCGUUCUGUUCGCUCUUGGGAUUCCCCAAUAAAUAGUUUUGUGAUUUUUUUUUAAUCCGCGAUAAUAACAAGAAUAAUACGGAAUUUAUAAAAAGUUGCGUGUGCAUUGGAUAUUUUUGCGAGGAGAAUCCGGAUUGCCAUGGGAAAGUUGCGCCCAAUGAAAGUAACUAUGGACUGGCAUGGCGUUGUCGCGCUCACCUAUGUACUGAUCCUGACGAUAGCGCGACUGGAAGGAAAUGCCUUCGCUGCCCAAAUACCAUCUGGACACAGUCUUCCCACCUCGACUGCUGCGGUUGCAAGUACCGUGCGGAUCGAGUGUGCGAGUGAAUCGAUAAUAGUUCACAUAUCCACGGAGGGAAACACCGUUUUCCAUGGGCUCGUGUAUCCUCGUGGAUUAUCGAAGAAUAGCUCCUGUUUGCAAGAGUUCAGGAGUGAGCCUGCACCGAUAACUUAUCAUCUGCCUCUUAGAUCGUGCAACACCAUGCCUACAGAACUAGAGGAUGGUGGAAUCGAGUAUUUCAAUACAAUAGUGGUCCAGCCUCAUUUGAAACUUGUAACGAAUCAGGGCCGGGGCUUCCAUGUUCGAUGCCGUUAUCAAACUCGAGACAAGAUCAUUACCAACGAUCAGACCCGCGUUGCCAUGUUGCAAUCGCUGCCGUUACAGGCAAUGGCUCCGAUGCCUGGCUGCACCAUGAAAAUAUUCUCUGGUGAUCCGACUCGUCAUCAUGUCGCCGAGAAUGUGAAAAUAGGAGAUCCAUUGACACUUGUUAUCAGUAUAGAUAAACAGGACAUGUUUGGAUUGAAGAUUUCUGAUUGCAUUGUCAGAGAUGGACUUGGAUGGGGUGAGCAAAGGCUCAUCAACGAUGAAGGAUGUCCAGUUGAUGGUGAAAUAAUGGGUCAAUUCACGUACAGCGAGGACAAAACAGAGGCACGAGUGAAUUUUCAAGCCCACAAAUUCCCUUACACUGCCUCUGUCUACUAUCAAUGCAAUGUGCGACUCUGCACAACACAUAGCGGCGGAUGUUCAGAUACGCCUCCGGAGUGCAAUGAAGUAGGACGACGAAAGAGAGAGGCAACAGGUAGAGCCAUUGAUGAUAAAGAUUCAGUGGGAUUCGAUGGUACCCCAGCAACAAUUGAGGUUUACAGUGGAUUGUACGUUAAUGAGGCGUCCGAUCUUGGGGGAAAGACCGAUCCAAUUGACGAUGUCUUUCGAGAAAGGACAAUCAACGAUAGCGAUGCAAUUUGCAUAUCCCAACGUAGCUUCGCCAUUGGCAUUGCAAUCGCUGGAUUGAUACUGAUGGCAGCAGUGGUAGCAGCAAUUUUAGUACUUCUAGCUAAAAGACGUCACAAGAACGUAUCCACUACUGGCUCCUCCAUCUACAGUGGCCCCUAUACAAACACUGCCUACAGUCAUAGCAGCUGAAUAAAUAUUCCCAUAUUCUAAUCUCCCUGAUCAAUUCAAGUAAUCAAAGAAUAUUUUUAAAAUCUACAGACUCAACAUUUCCAUUUUCCAAACUGAAAUUCUUGUUUUUAGACAAAUUUUUAAAAACAAAAUUUGAUUUUCUGUUAUUCUCUUGCUCAAGCUUUGCCUUGCAUUAAUACUCCUCUAGUGCCGUCAAUGAAAAAAAUGGGGGAAGAAGGUGAAGAUCUUAGUUUUUAUACAGCCCAGUCGAAUGGCCGUUCUUACCUCUGUUAACAAGAAUAUUAUUUUUUAGUAAUUGAUUUAUUCAUUUGACUUUUUUCCUCUGGUCUGGGCUCGAGUAUCCUCAUUGAGGAAGAUAUCUUGUCUUCAUUACGAUAAGGCUUUUCAAUUGAUUAGGUCAAUUAGAUUGGGAAAAACAAUCGAGAAAACGAUACUUUAGUUGUUUUUUCCAAUUAUUUUUCCCUCAUGAAACUGAGACAAAAAAU